GACGAUGCAGCGAUGCUAUAGAAACGCAGCACUGCAUUGAUAACCGGCUGAUUGAUGGCAAGUGCAUAUUAGUGCAUAAGAAAUAUCAAGUCAGGCCCGGCAGAGCAAAAGCGUAUUGAUGCGAAAAGUGCACCAGUUAGACUAUUACUAGUAACAUCGGGGAAUAACGCAACUAAGACCAGAUCGUGUCGCUUUCACUGGCUGCUACUAAGAGUUUCGUCCAUCAGUCUCCAGAAACUCUUCACUAUGUUGCGCGCUCCCAUUGAGCCUAUUGAAGAGGAAGAGGUUUAUCAGCCUGUCUCGGUGCUUGCCUCCAAAUUUGCCCGCUUAAGCGCAGAUGACAAAACGCAUGCGGGCGUUAGACCAGUGACUCCCGAUCGGCCUUUAUACUGGUCCUCAUCGUCAUCACCCGUUAAAAGCCCUUUGAAAGCUUCGCCUGGUGAAGAUGGUGGGCGUCUACCUGGGGUAAAUCUCCGGGCAGAGGUGCCGAAAUCAGAAGAGUGCACUGUGAAGAACAAUUCGACGUCAAACGACACAUUUGCUAAACCAUCUGCAACGGUCUCACCGACAACAAAAGAAUCAGAAACCAAUAGCGAGCAACCUCGACGCAAGGUGGCAGAGAUUAUCGCCACUUUGCAAGAAGAUGCCGAUCUGGCAAAAACGAUCUCAAACCCCGUGGCCCCUAGUGCCGAGAAAGUCGUACCCGCUUCUCCUCAACGAGAUGCAGCAAACAAUCCUUUCUUGCGGACCUCUGAAGCACAUACCACAGUGCCAUCCUCACCGACUCCAUCAUCGCCAACACCGACAAGCGUACCAUACCGCAGCCGGCCCUUUACAGCAACACCCAAACUCAAACCUCCAACUCCACUCCAUCUCGCUAUUCCCGCACCUCCACAUCUACGACCUUUUUCUACGCACUCAAGUUGUCAUACUGAAGAUACACCCGAAACACCAGUCUCUGUUAAAACCCUCCGCAACAUCUGGGAAAAGAUGGCGCGUGAAAACGGGUGGACGUCGUUUCGUGGGUCGUUUGAUCCCCAUAAUCUAUCGUUUCUAAAGGACGCACAUGGUGGCGGUUGGGUUACGGCCGUUGGGGGCGCCAAUGAGACAGAGCAGAGCGAAGACAAAGUUGAGACAAGUGAUGAAGCGAAAGAUCAGAAAGCAGCUGGGGAAGAUACAUCAUUGGAUACCGUUGAGAAAAGUCAUACCCAGCUAUCUCAGCACAAUACUUGUGACAUGAUAGUGUGCGGAGUGAAAACGUUGACAAUUAAUGGAACAAAAGUACAUGAAAUCGACCUUCGCUGUCACGCCUGCUCGUCCUGCUUUGUUCUUCGCGCUGCCCAUGAGUGCGGUGAUGAUGAUGACACAAAUGAUCAAAGAGUUAGCGAGGACGAACAGAGUCGCGAGAAAUCAGGAGAACCAGCGUCAAACCACCUUAAGCAUCGCGAGCCUGGGCUGGAAUGGCUUCGGGACGAGCGAGCGGAUUAUAUUAACAUUAUUUGUUGAUAGCAUCAUCCUAAUCACAUGCAUUCACUGCAUGCUCUUGUUUCUAAUUAGUACUUAAUGAGUUUAUUAACAGUUAAUAGAAAUGUGAAAGUCACGUUGUAGAUAA